AUGACUUCAGCUACCAAUGUUUCUACACAAAUUAGCAAUAUUCCUAUGCUGAAUGGUUCAAACUUUAAAGUUUGGAAGGAUAUCGUGGAGAUUGUCCUCGGUUGUAUGGAUCUGGAUAUAGCUCUUCGAGAGGAGAAACCCACUUCCACUCUAGAAAAUCUAAGUGAGGUUAAAAUAGAGAAGUGUGAGAGAUCCAAUCGAAUAAAAAUUAUGAUCAUGAAGCGCUCAAUUCCUGAGGCUCGGGGCUCAAUUACUGAGGAUAAAGAUGCUAAACAGUUCUUGAAAGAUGUUAAAAAAUUCUUAGCUAGGAAUGAAAAGGCGGAGGAUUGCCUGUGGAGUCGAUCGCCAAGUGAUGCUGAAAGAUACAUCUAUGUGGCAGACGGCAAUAUAGUUGGAGUCGAAGCUAUAUGA